CUUGGAUUGAUUCAUUUUAUCUGCCAUUUCAUUUUUCGACGUCAACAUGUCGCACAGGAAGUUUAGUGCACCCCGUCACGGAUCUAUGGGAUUCUACCCCAAGAAAAGAUCCCAAAGGCACCGUGGAAAAGUAAAGGCCUUCCCCAAGGAUGAUCCCUCGAAACCCGUUCAUCUAACGGCCUUCAUCGGCUACAAAGCCGGUAUGACCCACGUGUUACGUGAGGCAGAUAGGCCCGGUUCGAAAAUCAACAAGAAGGAAAUCGUGGAGGCCGUGACCAUUUUGGAAACUCCUCCGAUGAUCGUAGUAGGCGUCGUGGGUUACAUCGAAACCCCGCACGGUAUGAGAGCCUUGGCCACCGUUUGGGCCGAACAUUUGUCCGAAGACUGCCGCAGACGUUUCUACAAGAACUGGUACAAGAGCAAGAAGAAGGCUUUCACCAAGGCGUCCAAGAAAUGGACCGAUGACUUGGGCAAAAAGUCCAUCGAUCGCGACUUGAAGAAAAUCGUGAAGUACUGCAAGGUUGUCAGAGUCAUCGCUCACACUCAGAUGAAAUUGUUGAAACAACGCCAGAAGAAAGCCCACAUUAUGGAGAUCCAACUCAACGGAGGUACCAUUGCCGACAAAGUCGCUUGGGCUAAGGAGCAUUUGGAGAAGCCCAUUCCCGUUGGUAACGUGUUUGCUCAAGAUGAGAUGAUCGAUUGCAUCGGUGUGACCAAAGGUCACGGAUACAAAGGUGUUACAUCUCGUUGGCAUACCAAGAAAUUGCCGCGCAAGACGCACAAGGGUCUUAGGAAAGUGGCUUGUAUCGGUGCAUGGCAUCCUUCCCGAGUGUCCUUCACUGUCGCUCGUGCUGGUCAAAAGGGUUACCAUCACAGGACGGAGAUGAACAAGAAAAUCUACAGGAUCGGUGCUGGAAUUCACACUAAGGACGGAAAGGUCAUCAAAAACAAUGCUGCUACCGAUUACGAUCUUAGUGAGAAAACCAUUACACCGAUGGGUGGUUUCCCUCAUUAUGGUGAAGUUAACAAUGACUUCGUCAUGAUUAAGGGAUGUUGUAUUGGACCUAAGAAGCGCGUCAUUACAUUGAGAAAAUCUCUCUUGGUUCACACUAAGCGUGUCGCUUUGGAGAAGAUCAAUUUGAAAUUCAUCGAUACGUCCUCCAAAUUCGGACACGGUAGAUUCCAGACCGCCGCCGACAAGGCUGCGUUUAUGGGACCUCUUAAGAAGGAUAGAGUUAAGGAAGAAGACAAGGCGGCCGCCCCAGCUGCAGCUGCUGCUUCGAGUUAAUUUUUAUGCAAUGUAUUUUAUUGUUGACAAUAUACAUUGGUAUAAUUUUAUUUUUGUUACCCUCUUUGUGAUAUAUUUGUUAAUAAAAGUUAUGUAUUUAAAA